GCUACGGGUCCGCAGGCUUCACCUGAUCCUCUAACCAUCGCUGGCUAAGGAGAAUCUCAUCACUUCGUCUCCAAAGCUUGCAGGUCCUGUCUGAACAGCAUCUCUGCCAGAGGACAGUCCUACAUCCGGCCAACAGAAGACCACCAAGAUGACCCCGGUUUCUCUGCUGAUUUCCUUGCUGGCCGUGUUAUCUCUGGGCGGGUUUAAAGCCUGGGGCCGAGCCAUGUGCAACAAUCAGUGCUGCUCGUUCUUGGAGGGCUUCCCUGUCCGGCUCCGGAGGCUGCGGGAGGACUUCUCUCAGAUCAGAGGCUACUACGAAGCCAAUGAUGAAUUGGAAACAGCGCUGCUGGACCAGACCGUGGAGAACUACUUUAACAGCCAGUACGGGUGCCAUGCCAUGAGCAGCAUUCUCGGAUUCUACCUGAGGACGGUGCUGCCGACGGCCAAGGCUGGAGUGACGGACGACAUUAAGGGCUUCACAACCCACAUGGAGUCCAUAGAGCAGAUCUUCGACCAGCUCAAGAGGGACAUCACGAAAUGUAAACAUUACUUCUCCUGCGAGACGCCCUUCAGCAUCCAGGAUUUCAACUCGACUUACGCCCAGAUGGAGAACAGAGGUCUAUAUAAGGCCAUGAGUGAGCUGGGUCUGUUUUUCAACUACAUCGAGGUAUACCUGGCUUCUAAACGGCGAAGAGACUGAGCUGGCCAACCUUCUUGGACAUACUGAGC